ACAUGGAUUAAGUCUCCAAAUUUCUCCAUUUGGCUGCGCACUUUAAAACCAUAUCUUCUCUUUUUAGCCUUUUCUCCCUUUUAAUGAUAAUUAUGAUUCUCUUUUCAAUUCCUCUGUGUUGUGCUCAUUGUGAGUCGAAAACCCCUAAACUUUCCCUCGAACCAUUAAAAUUUUCUUUCAAUCCAAACACCACCCUUUCCCUGUCUAUCUUUUCAUGGAAUUAAAACCGCUGCUUCUCUUCCAAUCUCCACUCUCAAAACCCUAACGCACAUUCACGAAACCCCUCUCCAUAUGGACCCUCGCCGCGGCGCACGUGUGGUCAUCGACCCUAAAGUGCGCCAGGUGGGAUUCUUCGCCCCCGGUGCUUCGCCCGGGCGUACUCAAUCUGGUCCACCGGAAUCGUCCUCCCCUCCCGUCGCCGACAACUCUCCUACCGGGAACUCUCUCUCCCCUGUCAUGAUCCCUCCCCCCCGCCACGCCUCCGACAACCUCCUCUCCGCCCGUCCGGCUCUGUACCCUCCUCUUCGCCGUCCCGGUGACACCAUUCCCGUCGGAAGCUACAAUCCCUCCGAGUUCUUUCAUGGCACCUCGCCAACGGCAUCGUUUUAUAGCAAGGUUGGCGACGGGGAGUUCUCCGAGGACGCCUCAGGGGCGGGUUGGACGCAUAGGGGUAAUUCGGGAAAAGUUGCGUCGUCAUUUCCUGGCGGUGGGUUUGAUCUGACGGCGGUCAAACCGAGUAAUUUGACUACCGUGUCAGUAGUGAAUAUGCCUCCCGGAAUUUCUGUAAAAAGUGGAGGAGCAUCAAUUGAAGUGCAAAAUGAACAACCAGCAAGUUCAAGGUCACUGAAGGAGAAAACAUCAAAAGCUGAAAGGCGUGCACUUCAGGAGGCUCAGAGAGCUGCAAAAGCUGCGGCAAAAGCUGAAGUAAGUAAGGCACCCAUUGCUGCUUCUGGGGUUGCAACUUCAGUUAAUGCAAAACCAGCUAAGGUUUCAAAGCUUUCUUCACAGAAGAAAGAUAGUGCUUCAGUCACAGCUUCUGAGAAAAAGGGUGUUGACCGUCCACCAGAGAAGGAUAGAAAGAAAGAUGUACCUCAUCCACGCAUGCAAUUUGAUGAUAAGAGUCGAGUGGAGAAGGCAAAAAGGCGUGCAGUAGUAAGGCCAAUUGAAGUUAGGAACAGAGUUGAGUUAUUUAGACAUUUACCUCAGUAUGAACGUGGAACUCUGCUUCCUGAUCUUGAGUCAAAGUUUUUCCUACUUGAUCCAAUGCAUCCUGCUGUUUACAAGGUUGGCUUACAGUAUUUAGCAGGAGACGUAUCUGGUGGCAAUGCUCGUUGUAUUGCAAUGCUUCAGGCAUUCCAAGAGGCCAUCAAAGACUAUUCCACUCCACCUGAAAAAACUCUUGUCAGAGACUUAACUGCUAGAUUAAGCAGUUAUGUUUCAUUUCUAAUUGAGUGCAGACCCCUUUCAAUAAGCAUGGGAAAUGCAAUUAGGUUUUUAAAAAGUCGAAUUGCCAAGUUACCUUUAUCUUUGUCUGAGUCUGAAGCGAAAGCAAGUCUUCAGUCAGAUAUCAAUCGGUUUAUAAACGAGAAGAUAGUACUUGCGGACAAAGUAAUAGUCAGGCAUGCUGUAACAAAAAUCAGGGAUGGGGAUGUCCUACUUACAUAUGGGUCUUCCUCUGCUGUUGAGAUGAUACUAUUGUAUGCCCAUGAGCUCGGCAAACAGUUUCGUGUUGUUGUAGUGGACUCUCGUCCAAAGCUUGAAGGGCAACUCUUACUUCGAAGAUUGGUGGGAAAAGGCCUUAGCUGCACAUACACCCAUAUAAAUGCUGUUUCAUAUAUCAUGCAUGAAGUUACUCGAGUUUUCCUUGGGGCUUCAUCUGUGUUGUCCAAUGGAACAGUUUACUCGAGGGUUGGGACUGCAUGUGUUUCUAUGGUUGCUCAUGCAUUCCGAGUUCCAGUGUUAGUAUGUUGUGAAGCAUAUAAAUUUUAUGAGAGAGUACAGCUUGAUUCGAUUUGCUCUAAUGAACUUGGUGAUCCUGAUGCAAUUUCAAAAGUUCCUGGUAGGGAGGAAAUUAACUAUUUGGAUGAUUGGGCGAAGAGUGAAAAUUUGCAGCUUUUGAAUCUGAUAUAUGAUGCAACACCUUCAGAUUAUGUUUCGAUGAUUAUAACAGAUUAUGGCAUGGUAAGUCAUAUUAAUAUUAAAAUUUUAUGUUUCAUACUUUUGAGAAAACACGCUUUAUUUAUCCUUAGUUUUCCAAGAGUAACCUGAUCUCUCAGUUAUUUACUAGUCCUAAAGUGUGCAUGAAUCAAUACCCCUUUGGACCGGGGCUCUCUGGUCCAACAUUAACCUUUUCUUUCCUUUGACAGCUUAAGUUAUUUAUAUUUUGCUUGAUAAUUGGUGUUCCGAUAUUAAAAUGAAGAUUAGAUUUGGAUCUUUUAAUAGUUUCAUUCAGGGUUGCGAUAAUGUUUUAGUUUUUUUGUAGUUUAGGAGGAAAUAAAACAUAUGCAGAACCCCUUUUUCGAAUUUUCCUCUUUGGUUAUGGGGCAGGAGGAUAGUACUAUCCUUUCAAGAAUGGUGGUUGUUAGUCUCUUUAUUCAUAUGAUUGUCUGCCAUUGAAAAAUAGAAAGGAAAAAGAAUAUAAAGUUCUGUGCUCUCCUUGAUUGUGGAAGUACUAGCUUCUGGCAGCUUUCCUGUCUGCAAUAUGAGAAUUUUAGGAUCUAAACCUUUUUGUGUUCAGAGGAUCUACCCCAUUUUCAGCGUCUUUUCUCUUUUCUAUAGCUUUUGUUGCAUGCACAGUUAUUAGAUAGGUCAUGGGACAGUGGCUGUAAGUUUAAAUUUGCUCUAUUUCCAUGAUGUAACUCAAUAUCUAUGGUACUUGGACUCUCCCAACAUACCCAUGUCUACACAACAUGGUAUGAGUGUGGCUGUGGGAUCCUUGUUGGAUGCUCCGACUUUGCUUCAAAUAUGACUAUUUGAUUUUAA